AUGACUGGUGGUAAGGGUAAGAGCGGUGUUGCCGCUGUUGCUCAAGGAGCCUCAAACAGCAGAUCUUCUAAAGCAGGCUUGACGUUUCCAGUUGGAAGAGUUCAUCGGUUUUUGAGAAACGGGAAUUAUGCGCAGAGGAUCGGAUCAAGUGCACCAGUUUAUUUGGCUUCUGUUUUAGAGUAUUUGACAGCGGAGAUUUUGGAAUUAGCAGGAAAUGCCGCUAGAGACAAUAAGAAGUCCAGAAUCAUUCCCAGACAUUUGCAGUUAGCAAUUAGGAAUGACGAAGAGCUAAACAAGCUAUUGGGUCAGGUCACGAUUGCGCAAGGUGGUGUUAUGCCCUACAUUCACCAGAACUUGUUGCCAAAAAAAUCCGGAAAGGCAGCCGUUUGA